UUUCUUCCUAGCGGCGGCUGCUUGAACUGGUGUCUCUCCUCCUCGUGUCAGUCUGUGAAUCAUUGACUCGCCCGCCCACCACGUGGCUACAGCACAAUGGCUUCGGACGACAAGAUUGCCGCAGACGUGGCCUAUCCCGAGCACAAUGAGAAGAUGGUCCACGUCCACCACGACUCUACUGGCGAAAAGCUUGCUGCUCUGACCGACAACCUCGAAGGCGAGAUCCGCAACCCCCUGAAGGGAAUCCCUCGAGAGACCCUCUUCGCCAAUGUCCGAGAUUUCCACCGCUCCAAGGGUCUGCCCAACGACAUCCUCCCUCUCCUGGAGAAGGGAGCCCUCGUCGCCCAGAACCCUGCCGGCUUUGAGAGCCUGAACGAGCUGGACGAGGAGGAGAAGCGAGCCUUGAGAGAGGAAGUGACACAUCGAUGGAAGCACCCGUGGGCUCUCUACUACACCAUUGGUCUCAGCUCCAUUGCUGCCGCCAUUCAAGGUUGGGAUCAGACUGGCUCCAACGGCGCCAACUUGUCUUUCCCUGAGGCUCUUGGUAUUCCGGACAGCGCUGGCUCGUCUUGCGGUCCCGAUGCCAACGCCGGCCAAUGUGCCACGAACAGCUGGAUCAUCGGCUUCGUCAACUCUCUGCCUUACAUCACAAUCUGCUUAUUCGCCGGAUGGAUCUCCGAUCCCCUCAACGAUUGGAUUGGUCGCCGCGGUACCAUCUUCCUGGGCGCCAUCUUCUCCCUCCUCGCUCCUUUUGGCAUGGCCCUCUCCCAGACAUGGGGACAACUGGCUGCUUGUCGUAUGCUCCUCGGUAUUGGAAUGGGCUUGAAGGAAGUGACUGUCCCCGUCUUCUCCGCCGAAAACGCCCCUCCUUCCAUUCGAGGUGGUCUUGUCAUGUCUUGGCAAGUGUGGACUGCGUUCGGUAUCUUCUUGGGUACUUGUGCCAACCUCGCUGUUGGUAAAGUCGGCGACAUUGCUUGGCGCCUCCAGCUUGCGUCUGCAUUCAUUCCCGCUGUUCCCCUCGUCAUCGGCACGUACUUUUGCCCCGAAAGCCCUCGAUGGUACAUGAAGAAGGGAAAGCACGAGAAGGCCUGGAAAUCACUCCUGCGACUUCGAAACAACCCCAUUCAGGCCGCCAGAGACCUCUACUACAUCCAAUGCCUGUUGGACCAGGAGGCGCUUCUUGUGGAAAAGGCCGGCCUCAAGGUGACCAACAACAUGUUCACACGCUUCAUUGAGCUCUUCACUGUCCCUCGCAUCCGCCGCGCCACCUGGGCCUCUGGUAUCGUCAUGAUUGCCCAGCAGAUGUGCGGUAUCAACAUCAUCUCCUUCUACUCUAGCACCAUUUUCAAGCAGAGCGGCAUCUCCGACUACACCGCUCUGUGGGCCAGUUUCGGCUUCGGCAUCAUCAACUUCUUGUUUGCUUGGCCUGCCGUGUGGACUAUUGACACCUUUGGUCGACGAGCCCUUCUUCUCUUUACCUUCCCCAACAUGUUCUGGACUCUACUUGCCGCCGGUCUCUGCUAUCUCAUCGAGCCUGAUGUCGUCAACAGCACCCCCAGAAUCGCGACCGUCGCUACCUUUGUCUACCUGUUUGCCGCUUUCUACUCACCAGGCGAGGGCCCCGUCCCGUUCAUGUACUCUGCCGAGGUCUUCCCUCUGUCCCAUCGUGAGAUUGGCAUGUCGUGGGCUGUUGCCACGAACAACUUUUGGGCCUCUGUCCUUUCUCUGACCUUCCCCCGAAUGUUGACCGCCAUGACCGCCACCGGAGCCUUCAGCUUCUAUGCCGGCCUGAACCUGAUCGCCCUCGCCCUCAUCUUCCUCUUUGUCCCUGAGACGAAGCAGAAGACCCUCGAAGAGCUCGACUACGUCUUUGGUGUUUCGGACCGCCGACACGCGAAAUACCAGCUCACCGAGGUGCUGCCGUGGUGGUUCAAGCGCUAUGUCUUCUUCCAGAAGACUGGUCCCUGCCCUCAGCUGUACCAUGAUCAGAAUGCGGAGCAGACGGAUGCUGGAAGUGCCUAAUUUGAAGAAUUUUGAGUGCCCUUGAGGGCGUGAUGGAUGGAGAUUGGGUGAUAUGAUACCACUUUCUUUUUGUACCUUGACUGAUGCAUUAUGAUGGAUGAAAAUUAUAUUACGGAUCUA